AUGGCAAAGCCCAAAGACGGAGGAGAAAAGAAGGCAAGCAGAAACUCUUCUAAGCACGGAGGCUCGAAGUCCAGGGGAGAGACUAAGAAGAAGAUUGUUUUGAAGAGGAAGCCAUGUCCCAUUCAAGGAAAGGUAUUUCCAGAUGCCUCAAAGAUGGAGAAAGAUCUUUUGGUGCAUGGAACUAUUAAAGACAAGAUUGAUGUACUUACACUGCUAACGGAAAGGAAUCCUUCUGCAGAAAACUACAAGGGCCUCCUUGCAUUCUGUGAGAACCAAAGAAACGAUGUUCAUUACUAUGCACUCAAGAACAUCAAGGACCUUCUUAUAUCAAAGAGGGAGGUUGGAAAUCCCUAUAUCAAGCAAAGGAUCGUAAAGUCGUUUGGAGUGAACCUUCGGAACCAAUACAUAAAGAAGAAGGUUAUAAGGUUGGUGGAAAAGCUGCUAGAAAAGGGAGUCUUAUUUGUGGAUCUGAUCCAUCUGUUUAUCAACAAACUGGGAGACAAAAAAGACACGACCAGCAAUGUGAUUGAUAAGCUGCAUCUCCUCUUUCCUGGAAAUGAAGAAACCAUUCUUGAUGGAGUUGAGGACUUCUACUUCAAAAACGACUUAUUUAGAUCCAGACAUGUUGUACUGAAGUUCCUGUCCAAGCUGGACUGUGAAAACAAAAGAAAGGCUUUUGAGGUAUUUAACAACAUUCUCAGGGAUUUCAACGAGAAUAUUCCUGAAGAGCACAGGAAUAUCUUACUGGAGGACUUGAUUAUUGGGCUGGGAAAAAACAUGACGGAUGAGAAGGUAUGCAGGAUGGAUAUCAUAAGGAAAGCUGUGCAUACCGAGAAGAUGAUUUUCUACGGGAGUAAGGUGCUGUCUAACUGCAAGGAUUCCGAGAUGAUUCUGUUUUUCAAGAAUGCAAUUAGGUCAUAUAAGAUGAGAAAUUCAAAGCACUUGCCGGAAUUCCUCAACAUGGUCCACAAGGCUGUGUCUGCAGACGAGAAGAUUGAAUUCCAUAAGUUCCUCCUGGACACAUCACUUCUAUACACCCCGGAGUAUAUAAUAUCAAUACUGAUCAUAUGUUCUGAGGCUAGGAAGGCCGGGAUAAGCGGAUUCGACAAUAUACAUAGCCUCCGGAUUCUUGCCUUACAUCACAAUGAUGCAGUUCGAGGUCUUGCACUUCAACUUAUUAGUGACGAAGCAAUUCAUCCAUUUGAUCCAUUCGACAAAAUGAGCCUUUUAAAUGCCGAGAUGAUGUGUGGAAAUCUAUGA